UCAGUUGUGCUCUUUUCUAUUACAUUUUUUCUAAAAUUCCCCAAAACACAAACAAACAACAAGAAAAGAAAAAGGCCUUUAAUUAAAUCCAAACAUGAACAAAGUUGUUUGCCUUUAUGCCCUUUCAGGGCUUUUUGCUGGUGCCAUUUUCAGCUCAUGCAUUUUUGAAACUCCUAGGAAUUAUAAAGCAAAGAAUGAUUCCAAUAUCUUUGAAACUAUUGAAAAAUCACUCAGCACAAUGCCACAAGCCAUUCUCAAUGGCUUCCUUCUUCUUGCAAUAAAGUUUGUACACUACCUAUUCUCGAGGUGUUACAAAUCAGCUACACCUUAUACAAUGAUUGUGCCAUUUUGGGUGGCUUUUACACUCUCAGUUUCUUAUAUGUCAGAAUUAUCAUUAACCUGAGAGUAAAUUAGAUUGAAGACUGAUACUAAUUAAUUAACAUCAUUCAGAAUAAGUAAAUCCUUUAUCUAAUGACAAACUUCUCAUAGGCAUGCAUUUUCAGCCUUUUUCACCAUAGAGAAUGAAAAAACAUGUAAAGAAGAGCAUAACCAAGAAAGGAAAGUUUGUAAACAAUAACUAUGUAUCUUUAAAUUCACGUCAAAAUCACAAUUCGUUGAAUCUCUAAAAUUGUCAAAAUUGUGGUGUUUCAUAGUGAUUCUACUGAUCUCAUCCCCAAGAAUGUAUCAUAGUUAAGAAUCAAUGUUGCUCUUCCAAGUUUAAUGUCAAAUUGUUUUGGAAAUGGAA